AUGAGCAGCACAUCCAUCCAGGACCCAUUUGCCCAGCGACUGUCCUCUGGCAGUGGGCAGACAUUACCAUCCCGACCCCUACAGUCCAUCUCUGAUCCCUCAGCUUCUAAGCGAGUAUGUUUCUACAAAAGCGGUGACUAUAAGUUCAGCGGGCAUCGCAUGGUCAUCAAUGCCCGCACCUUCAAGACAUUUGAUGCUCUACUGGAUGCUUUGUCCAAGAAAGUGCCUCUGCCAUUUGGAGUGAGGACAAUCACCACACCUCGCGGGACCCACCUUGUAAAGGGUCUAGAUGACUUACAGGAUGGGGGAUCUUAUGUGUGUUCUGAUCGAAAACGGGUGAAGCCUUUAAACCUGGUUGAAGUGAACCGGCGGCAGGUACCAUGGAAUACCACCAGACCCCUCAGUGCAGGGCGACGAAAGCGUCAGGGGUUCCAGUUUGGUCAGUUUGGCAGAAGGAAUGAGGUCAGGCCAGCAAAGGUCACAGAGAGGGCAGCAGUACGGACACCAAAGAGACUUGUGGUCAUAAAGAACAGGGAUCCCACUGUUAAACGCACAAUUGUGUUGCAGAAAAGAACAGCACCAACAUUUGACUCUUUGCUGGAUUACCUUUCCCAGAUCCUACAGUUCCCAGUGCUGAAACUCUACUCUACAGAUGGCAGAAGAGUUGACGGUCUUGCUGCACUUAUCUUGUGUUCUGGAGUUGUUGUGGCAGCUGGCAAUGAGCCAUUCAGAUUAGGAAACUACAGCUUUCACAGAACGGGCCAGAUGGCACAGGCCAUGUACAUGGAAACUAUGGAGCCAUCCAUGCUGCUGCCCAGAGCUCGUAAUGGAAGAGGCUCAAGAAACUUCUCCUCAUCGUCAGAGCGAUAUAUUGUCAACCAGAUAAACAAGUCUCGAAAUGGCAUGAACAGCCAACUGCAUCAUCACAAUGGAUCAUUUGAAACAGAAGUCAACCAGAGUCACGCAUCCUUGGAGACAUGUGGAAGUGGGAGGGCAGAUGAUGAGCAGCAAACGAGCAUUGUACCUCAGGAUGAUGACAUUGAAAAGUCUUUCCGUGUAAACCAGGAUGGCAGCAUGACUGUAGAAAUGAAAGUGCGUCUGACCAUUAAAGAGGAGGAGAUGCUCCACUGGACUACCACACUCAGCCGCUCCAGCCUUAGCAAGAGGACAGUUUGUGCCUCCAUUUCUGAGUCGGGAAACAGCUCACCUGACUCAAACAAUGCCAUUGCCAAAGACUCCUCUAGUAUCAGUGAGGAUGAAACUAAAGAGGAAAACCACCCAACUGGGGCCGGAAAGGGAGUCGGCUUUAAUGACGAGCAAGUGUGUGAGGGCUACACUUCAACAGCUUUGGGAAAAGCAAAAACAAGUUUCAAACGCACCCCUACGCCAGGUCCUCGACACGUUAAGAAGAAGGCGUCUGUUGAGAGUGUGAAGAUGGUGACAGAGUCAGGGGUUCAAGAGAGCACCUUGGGACAUUAUUCGUACAUGGAGAGGACGGCUGAUGGUGAGACAACUGAGGGAUACUGCGUUGUCAGACACAGCAGCAGCAGCAACCGGCCAAUCCCAAAGCCUCGGAAAACGGCGUCUGCAGAAGCGAGCAACAAAGGCUCCCACUCCUCCAUUAGGUCGUCAGGAGUAGCUGAGGUCCUUCAGUUACAGAAUAAUGGGAUUGAAAUUACAGAAACUGUUAUGCACAUCUAUGAGAGUCAAGGCUGCUUCGACAACUAUUUAGCAAAUGACGAAUAUAGCACAGAUGGUGUACCUUUGCAGGGUUCCACUCCAGCGGCAGAUAGCAAACCGUCCACUGAGUCUGGGCUACGCUCAUCCAGCAAUGAUUGUGAUAUAGAUUUUAGCUGUCCUCCUUCUACUGCUGACCCACUACAAAGACAGAGAGAGGAGAUGUUAUCACUGUCAUCAGAGCCAAUAUCUCCAACACAUGAGAAGAAUAAAGAGGUGAUUAAACCUGAUAGGAAUAGCAAGAGUUCAACUUCAACAAGCAGCUCAGAUAAAAAGCUAAAUGAAUGCAUUAUAAGCCCCCCAAAAAAGAGUAAACAUUCAUCUACUGACAAGCUCAGCAAUGCCAGUAUGGGAAAAAAGAGUUCGAGUUCAUUAGAAAGUGCUAAAAGUGGUCAAAAAGGUAAAAGAAAGGAAAAGAAAGCAGAAAAGUCUCUGUCCAAGAAAUCAAUUAAAGAUGAGAAGACACCCAAGAAGGACUCAGCCUUAUUAGGUAGCACUGAAAAUGUUAAAAGGACCCCACCUAAGAGACAGACCACGAAUAAAGUGACUGCUAAAGACAAUGGCCAUAAUGUAAAUACCCCAACUGGAAGGCCUCAAUUAAAAAAGAACAUGUCAGACAUUUUACAACCGAAAAAAUCACUUCUGCCAGGCAGAAAGACAGUGAGCAAACCUUCAUCCAUCACUGAAAACAAAACACCACCACCUAAAACCUCUUUAGAGUUAAGUGAGAGUGUUUCAAUGCCUUCCCUGAAUCCUACGCCCUCUGACAUCCACCAAUAUGUCGAGAACUGGUUGGAGAAAGUCAGCCAAGACCAGGUGCCAUACACGGAGUCGAUCCCAGAUGAAUCAGAACCACAGUCAAAGGUUGUGUUUAAAAUAGGUGGUGAUUCUGAAACAGAUGAAAUGAGUGAAUGUCAGAAUAAUUUAAAUGAAUAUUAUCCAUUGCCUGGUGAUGCUAUCAAGAAAUCUACUUCUUGUUUAUCAGUUCCUCUUUACCAUGAAGGGCCAGAAACAACUGUGCCGUACAAUGAACAGAAAACAAGAGGUUUAUGCGUUUCAAUGCCAAGUGUCAGAGUGGAUUCUGUACAUGAGGAGAACACAUUGAGGGCACAUAAAUCUGCAGAGGCCAUCGGGCCAAAUGAGAGUGAAUCAACUUCGUCCAACAUCUUAAGUCCCACAGCAAAGUUAAAACCUGUUCUACGGCAACUUUGUUCAUCAAUUCAGUGCAUCAGAAGGCCGUCCGACACCAACGCACCAUCCAAUCUCGAGAAGUCUACCAGCCUUCCUGAUUUCUCAACACAAGUAGCUUCAGUGUUUGGCACGCCGUGCAAAGCAUUUCUGUCAUUCUUGUCAGUGAUGACUCUGAGAGAUAGCCUAACGGGCUCUGCGCUGGGAGACAGUAACCAGUCAAGAAGCCCCUCCGAAGCCAUGCUAAUGAUGGAAUCCCUGCAGAAAAUUUCUGCCAUUGAUGACGAGGAAGAGCAGAGAGCAAGUCUGACAGAUCUGCAAAGCAGAGCAUCCUCUCAGUUUAGAGAGCGUUGGAAGGAUUUCCAGAUUUUGAGGGAGAGGCUUGAAAGUGAACCACUUUCUCCCAAAGUAUCAGAAACUGAGUUUGCCCUGGAUGUUCUCUCCGAUGGAGGUGACGUAUUUGAGGAUCAGCAUCUGGGUAUUGAUGAGCUACUGGAGGAGCUGAACAUGCCGCAAGACCUCAGAGCCGAGAUUUCUUCAACAAUCCAACAAACUAGAAGUUUUUAUCCUGUGGAGGAGAGCACUUUUAUAGAAACUGACAGAAACCAGUCCGAAUCAGAGGAAGAUGUGGAAAAAUUUGUUGACGAAUGCAAUGAUGAAACAAAACAAUCAACAGAUCCUGACGCUACAUGCGUAGUUGAGGACAUUACUGGAAAAAACAAGGAUAAUGAUGAUGGAGAUACAGGUGAUUUAAAUAAAAUGCAAUCCAUGCAUUCUGAACAGGUAAAGAUGAUGGGAGAGUCAGAGCAAGAGGCUGAUGAAGUUCAGGAAACAGGCGUUGAUGUGAAAGGUUCAGAAAUAGAUGAGGCCCUGGAGGUCAAAGAAAAUGAGACAGAAGAAAACGAAGAUGAAGACCAGGUAGAGGAGAUUGAAGAAGAUAGGGAGGGGGAGAAGGACAGAGAGGAUGGAGAAACAAAAGAGAUAAACAACGAUGGUGAAGAGUUUGAAAAUAUGGAAGAGGAAAAGGAGGAAGAAAAAGAAGAGGAGGCAGCGAAGGAAGAUGAUGAGGGGCAGGAAGAAUGGGAAGCAGAGACAGGAAGUGGCGGGGAAUCUGUUGAGAAAGUAGAGGAAGGGACAGAGGAAGAGAUGACAACAGAUGAGAAGGAUAAAUUAGAAGGAGAGAAAGAAGUGGUUAAGGAGACAGAGGAGGGAUUAAUGAAUGAAGAACAUCAAGAAGCAAGAGAGGACGACAAUGUUGAAGAGACAGAUGAGAGAGAGAUUGUUCAGGAGACAUUGGAGGAAGAGGAGGGGAAGGAUGAGGUUGAAGAAGAAGAAGCGGCAGGCGAGGAAGAAAAGGGGGAAGAAGAAGCAGAAGAGGUUGUUGAGGAGACAGAUGAAAAUAUUAUCGAAGAGCAGGAGGAAGAAGAGGAGUGGGAGAAGGAAGAAGUGGUUACUGAGAGCAAUGUAGGGGAAGAAGUAGAUGAGUUUAUUGAAGAGGGAAAGGAGGGAGAGGAGGUAGAAAGCCUUGAUGAGGCAGAGGAGGAAGAGGAAGUGGAUAUGGUUACUGAGAAUGAUGUAGAGGAAGAAGUUGAGGAAACUAUUGAAGAGGGAGAGGAGGGAGAAAUCAUUGAUGACGCAGAGGAGAAAGAAGUAGAUGUGGUUAAUGAGAAUGAUGUGGAGGAGGAAGUGGAGGAAGAUAAUGAGGAUACGGAGGAGGUAGAAAACAUUGUUGAUGAGGUGGAGGAGAAAGAAGAAGAAGAAGUGGAUGUGGAUACUGAGAACGAUGUAGAGGAGGAAGUGGAGGAGGAUGUAGAGGAGAAAGAAGAGGAAGUGGAAUUGAUUAAUGAGAAUGAUGGAGAGGACGAGGUGGAGGACAUUAUUGAGGAUACAGAUGAGGAAGAGGAGGUAAAAAACAUUGAUGAGGUGGAGGAGAAAGAAAAGGAUGAAGUUGAUGUGGUUUCUGAGAAUGAUGUAAAGGAAGAAGUGGAGGAGGCUGUUGAGGAGACAGAGGAGAAAGAGGGGGAAGAAAAUAAGGUAGAAGCCUUCAAUGGUGAGAUGGAGGAGAAAGAAGAAGAGGAAAUGGAUGUGGUUAUUGAGAAUGAUGUAGAGGAGGAAGUGGAGGAUGUUAUUGAGGAGACAGAAGAGGAAGCACAGGAGGAUGUUAUUGAGGAGGAGGAAGAGGAGGAAGAAAACAUCAUUGAUCAAAUGGAGGAGGAAGAGGAAGAGGAAGAGGAAGAAGAAGAAAUGGAUGUGGUUAUUGAGGAAAGGAAUGAGAAAGAGGACAUAACUGAGGUGGUUAGUGAGGAAAACGAUGAGGAGGAAGAGGAGGAUGGUGAUGCUGAGGUUAUAGAUACAGAAGAAAGAAUCAGGGUGCUCACAGAUAAGGAGGAGGAGGAGGAGGAAGAGGAAGAAGAAACUGACAAGGACACAGAAGAGGAAGAAGAAGGUGAUGAAGGGAGCAGAAAAGAGCUUGAGAACGUAGAAGACAAGGAGGCCUCCUAUUUGCAGCAGCAUUGCAGUAGUCAUGACGAAGCAAAUGCAGAACUCAACACUGAAUCACCAACCAAAUAUUCCUCUGAGGGGCAGUGUGAGUUUGAUAAAGGCAAUGGAACGGACACUGCUGAUGAACCUGAAACAGACAUGGCAGGGGAGCGUCAUGAGGAAAGAAGCAACAGCCAACCACAUCCAGUGGAAAUAUCACAGCAAUUACUUGACUUUGUUAACUCAGCCCUGCAGUCCUCUUCACUUACAUUCACAUAUGACACUCGGGGGAACAUUAGGAUAGAGCCAGAUAAUGCUCGAGUCGUACAAACUAACCAAACUGUUAUUCCAAAAACUAGAGAGGAUAGUUCAUAUGGCUUAAAACGUCUCCCGAGCCCGAGCACCUCUGAUUUAACUGAUUACAGACCAGAAACUUCGGAAAGCGGAGGAUAUAAAACUCAGGAGUCUGUAGAUGUUGUCACAGAGAGUGGAGAAGAGGCUUCAGAGAGACCUUUUCCAGUCUACAGACGGAAGACUCAUAUCCCUAAUGGGAGAACAAAUGUGGAGACAGCUAUAUCCAAAGUGUCUGUUGCAAGUAAUUCAGAAGUCUUGCAAAGUUCCAGAUUAAAAAGUCCAGACAGUUUCUCUUCCUUUGAUUCGGGCACCAAAGCCUCAAGGGAGGAUCUGUCUUAUUUCAGUGCUACAAGCUCAUUAAAGGCAGAUGCUGAAGCUGCACCAGAGGCCGCGCAGUGUGUUUCUUUCACCUCAGGAAAGGACACAACUGAUGGGGUUUUGAUUGAUCGAGGAAGGUGGCUACUCAAGGAGAACCACCUCAUAAGAAAAUCUCCUCCAGUCUCCCUGGGGAUGUACGGUAAUUUGGAUAGCACUUCCAUUGAUACAGGUCAGGAGAACGAUAGCGAGGAUUCCCUACCUCAUUAUAAAACCCAGCACAACCCUCUUGUAGCCAUCUCUUCAUCAGAGCUUGAGGAGAUGGCGAAGCCUCAAACUCCGAAGUGCACCUAUUACAACAUGCCACAUGGGAGUGAUUCUGACCCGUUUUUUGACAAUUCCAGUAUCCAAAGUGGGAAAAAGGAUACAAGCAGUGUCAAAGGGAGAGGCUUCAGGGUGUCACCUACUAUUGAUACCUCCAAAACGUGGUCAAACAAAAAUGGUAGUCUGUCAUCAUUUGCAUCAGUUGAGUUUAAAAUACCAGACAGGAAAGUGCAUCCUGAGGGGGAGUCGUCAGCUGUGACACAGGCAAGAAGGACACCUAGUGGAGGAGGUAGAGCACUGCAAGCACAAGACUCCCUGGAUACAAUACGUGUGAGGUGUGGACAAUACUGUCCAAUAUUAUGAAAGCUGGACAUUAUAUUUCAUAGAAAUAUUUACACAAACAUGUCCAGCAUGUGCUAUUAUUCUUGGUUAUGAU